AGGGUUGCAGUAACAUUGCUGAAGAACUGGUUUGACAGGACUACAGUUUCCAUCAUGCAGUGUUAUAAGGGGUGGAAUACAGGAAGAGAACAAAUUGUUACAAGAGGUGAGGGCACCAACAGGUGGAAUCGACAGGUAUCUGAGACAGGAAGAGGGCAGGUACUGAAAACAAUAGAAAAUAAUACUGAAAUGUAACCAACUAUAAGUAAAUUGAAUACAGCAUUGUGUGCAGCAGUAACCAGAUACAACAACAUUUUCAAUAACCUUUUCAGUGUGUUUUUAUUAACAAAGUUUUAAGAGAAAGGCAGCCAUCAAAGCCUUGCAGGUGUGUAUGCAUUGUAUGAGCAGCACUUAAACCAAAUUUAAAUACAAAUAUGAUGGUGCCAUUGUAAUUACUGAUAUGAUAUGCAACUUUUAUUGUAUUACAUUCCUAAAUUGUUUAUAGUCUGAAAAAGGUGAGGCAAACUAAGAGCAUUAAUAAAAUGAAAGUACAGCUAUAAGAAAAUUCAACCUGUAGUUGAAAAAAAAAAAGAAAAUUUGUAUGAAUGUGUCAAUUAAUAAAGUAAUUUAUACAUUUACAGAAAAGAUGAACUACUUUUGCUAAACAUUUGCAAAAUAUUUUUCUUUGAAGGCUGCAAAGCAAAAGUUGUGAUUCAUAAUGCUUGUCAAUGCCUAAAAUGGUCUGCUGUAGCAAAUCUGAAUCGUAGGAGGCAUUUAGGAUUUUUAAGAUUUUAAAGAUAUUGUUAAUCUCUACCUGAACAACUUUCUCAUUGUAGUAAGAACUGCUAUUGAUUAACACAUGGGCCAUUUUUUAAAAGUGCUAAUGAAACUGAAAUACAUUUAGGAAACAGAAAUUCAUGUAACAGAUACACUGAUAUGCAUAUAAAAAUAAAUCAAGGAGAGCUGUUGUACACAUUGCUGAAAAAUAAAGUAAAAAUAAUACAAAAAUAAAGAAAACAGUUACAAGUUUAGUGUUAGUGAAAAGAAUCGGUACUGAUUACUAGCAGGCAUGCAUGCUGGUGGGCUCGAUCCAGACGAUGCAUUUGAUUUCCUGUUUAAGAUCAUUCUUAUUGGAGAUACUAACGUAGGAAAAACCUGUGUGGUUCAACGUUUUAAAUGUGGAAACUUCAUAGAAAAACAGCAAAACACCAUUGGUGUGGAUUUCACCGUCCGAGCAAUGAAUAUUGAGGGCAAGAAAGUGAAGCUACAGGUGUGGGAUACUGCAGGACAAGAACGUUUCAAGACAAUAACCCAGAGUUACUAUCGUAGUGCUCAUGGUGCUAUUAUCGCAUAUGACAUCACCAGUCGUAGAACCUUUGAAUCGCUUCCACACUGGAUUGAUGAAGUGGAACGAUAUGGAGCUGCCAAUGUUAUUCUUAUGUUAAUAGGUAACAAAUGUGAUUUGACUGAGAAACGAGAAGUAUUAUUUGAAGAUGCCUGCACAUUAGCAGAGAAACACAAGCUGUUGGCUGUUCUGGAAACUUCAGCAAAAGAGUCACAGAACAUUGAGGAAGCUUUUUUGUUAAUGGCCAAAGAGCUUAUGGCAAGAAACAGCCUCCAUUUCUAUGCAGAAAACCCACGGAGUAGCCUCAGCCUGGAUUCUAGGCCUGUUAAUGUGACUAUGGAAAAAGAAAACAACAACAUCUGCUCAUGUUAACAGCAAUCUGGACAGUUGUAUCAUUGCAGAAGGCCAGCAAGUAACUGGUUCUAGACUGACUAGGUAAACAAUAGAUUCAGUAACUGUAAUAAAAACAUAUGAUGCAAAAUAGUAAAAAUUUGUACUCUUAUAUUUACUAGUCACUGAUCUCAGAGUAAAUAUGCUUAUUGCAAACUUGUUUUUGCAAAUUGAGUUAAUAAUGUGAAUCUGGUUUCUUAAGGUAUGUGUUUUUUAUAGAAUGACAGAGAAAUAUAUACAGAGACUAUAUACUUUACAGUACAGAAAAAUGAAAUGCCCUUUGUGGUCAGAAGCAGAUCUGUCUGAUCGUUAACCAUAUGGUUACAGCAGUAAAGAUGUAGCAACAUAAACAGUCUUUUUUUGUCUUUGCAAAGAUUGGUGUUUACCUUUAGUAAGAUAACAUAGCUCAGUGGCAAAAGUGUCUGACAACACACUCUCAGGUAUGGGUUUGAAUCAUGUUAUUUCGUGUUUGUGUACUGUACGUAUAACUUUAAUGGCUCUGUCUGGUUAAUACAAUCAAAAUAAAUAAAGUGCUGUGGUCCAGAAAGAGAACACAGUUAAAUUACAAGGGAAAGAUUAAUUGUUUACUUUUUCUAGUG